AUGGAUUGGAGUGGAAGUGUUGAGAAAACAGGAGAAGCGGGGCAACCUGCGCCAAAUAAACAGAACAUAAAGGAAACAGUGAAUAAUCCGAUUGAAUCGAGUAAUUCGCAGAAGAGAACGUCACAACCUCAUACGUAUCAGAGACAAGCGCCUAUGGCAACAGCGUCCCAGUCGCCAAUCUAUCCUUAUAUGCAGCAACAAGCGUUACAAGGAUUAAUGCAGGGUCCAAAUCAAUUUAUGGUGGGCAUACCGGCGGGUGCACUUUACGGAGGCAUGCCAUUCAAUCCUAUGGGAAUGGCCAGUGUUAUACAGCCGCAAGUGCAACAGUCUCAGCAACACAAAGGAACACAUGCUUCACGUGCUCAGGCGCAAACUCCAUCUGAUCCAAAUCCCGCACAUUACAGUUUUCAGCAAACACCAGGGCCACACUCAGGUGUUGCAAAUACUUUUGCAAUCAAUCCUAAUGGGCAGUCAUACGUUGCUACAGGUGGCGCUGGACCCAUCAGUUCAUCUGAGACCCCAACAGAUCCUAGAUUUGCGAUUCCAUUCCCUAUACCGGCAUACAGUGGAAAUACACAGAGAUCACCAUCUAUGAAUGCCACAGACGAGUCGACUGAGAACGUCGAUCAUACUUUCGAAAGAGAAGGUUUGAAUGAAGAAAAAUACAAAGAAGAAGAAGCACUGCGGCAACCCCCAAUUCAUAACAUUAGGUUUCAAUACCUAAGAAAAUACAGAGCAGAUCAAGCGAUUCUCAAGGUACAUAAAAUACUAAAUGAAAUGAACACCUCUGGCGGCAAAGUGAAAGAUCCUCUGUUUUGGAAAGAGCGACUAGAUGUAUACUUUCUACCAUCAGCAAGUGUACGAUAUACGGCAAAACAUUCGAAUGAUGUAAGGUGUUUCGACAUGUCAGCUUCGAUGAUACCUUUGAUUUGGGCUAAGAUAGGGGCGUGUGGAUUAGUCAAAAUUGAUCUGGUUGCACCCCAUUUAAGAGCUCAGACGUUAAGUAAUGGCUGCAUUUUAUUUCAUUCUCCCAAUACAACAUGUUCGUACCAUUAUCCUGAUGGCAGUUAUAUGACACAUUUCAUACAAAUGAAGGGUAUAUUUGAACCUGGUUUGAGAAUAAAGUGGUUAGAACUAUGUGCAUAUAACUUUGUUCCCGGAGUAGAGUGGCAGUCUCUGGAGAAGGUGUUGAGUGACAAGGAGAUAAGUUCACGAAUAUUUGAAAGACUUCAAAGUGAUGAUGAUAAUACCACGAGCAAGACUCACGGUGAUAAAAACGACGCUGAAGUACCAGAGCUGAGUUCAAUUCAAGAGCUGCGAUCUAAUUUUUCAGUGUUCAAAGGCCCUUCAAACGUCGGAACCUUCGAAGAACUUGUGAGAUUUUUGCAAAUAAGCGAUAUAAUGUCUGCAUUGUCAGAUCUUAUUGUAUAUCAAAAGAAGAAUGAGAUGAAAAGCCCGAUUGAUGCACUUUCCUCCUACAUCGAUGUUUCUGUAAACGGAUAUACUCCACACAGCGUACCGAACGGCAGUCAUGACACUAGCUUGAGAAAAACCUUUAGCGAAAAUGCUGCUACAACUAGCGGAAUCACCAAAAAUGGUUCGAGAGCUGAAAAGCAAGCUUCCCCGAUAUAUGACGAUCCCAUAACUUUUAAAGUCGCAAGCGUGUCUCCUGGAUGCUCCCCGCGUGAUACAAUGAAACCAAAUGCCACUGAAAGGCCUGAAACGCUAAAGAGAAAAAAAUCGAAUAAAAAUGCCUACUGGCCUGCUCGAGAUUAUUCUGGAUCGUCGACUCCUACAUUUGAUUGUGGUGACUGUGGUAUUCCAGGAACAAAGAAAAUAAAAUUCUAG